AUGUCUACUCCCACUGGCAUCACUCCCCAGGCAAGUGAGGACCUACUACGUGAUGAGCCAAAGCUGACACUCCAGAACCCUCCCCUCCCCCAACAGCUCACCAACCUCAUGAACGGUGCUCUCAACGCCGCCGGGCUGGGCGGCAAGAACGGCUCAAGCGAUCAGGUCAACCGCAUCCGGAAAGACACGAUCGGCUACAAGUCAUCUCCUUUCCCGCUCAAGGCAAACCAGCAGGCCGACGUCGCCGGGAUCCUGAGCGGAACGGGAUUCCUCCCGGUCGAGCUCGUCGCUGGAGAGGUCGACUGGUUCUACAACCACCUCGGCAUUGACAACGCCUACUUCCUGGCCGAGACUCCCGAGGCCAUCGCCGACCACGUCCUCGCCCUCUACUCUGCCAAGCUCCUCGCGUACACCAAGCACGACCCCGAGAUGCUCGUGAUCGACCUCGAGAAGAUCACGCCCGAGGGCGACAAGGCUGGCGCCAAGGAGGGCGCUGUGUGGAUCCACUCCAGCAAGCCCGGUGUGACUGUCGACAAGGGACCCGGUGCGAGCACGGAGAAGCGAAUUGACGCUCUCUAUAUCGACAAGUCCUCCCCCGCCAAGGCCUACCGCCUCGAGACCUACCGUUCCACUGGCGCGAUCUCCUCCACCAUCUCCCAGCAGCUUCGAUGCUACUUUGUCCAGCGCUGCGUCUUCCCCACCGAGGGCCCCAAGAAGAACGAGAAGGGCAAUACCGACAUCCGGUCCGUCUCCGACGCGUCCUUCUUGGAGAAGGCGACCGAGAACACCCUGGACAUCUACCAGGAGGUCAUGGAUGAGGUGGAGAGGCGCGAGGGUCCCGUCAUUGAGAUGUACGAGGUCGAGGACAGCCGGGAGAGGCGGGUAGUCAUUGGUUACAAGAUGGGUGGCACCAAGAAGUUCUUCUCGGCCCUUUCUGACCUGUACCACUUCUACGGCUUGUACUCGGCCAGGAAAUAUGUCGAGCAAUUCGCCAACGGUGUCACCAUCAUCUCGAUGUACCUCAACCCCGUCCCCAACACCCGCGCCCCGCCCAUCGAGCACUCGAUCCACCAGGUCGUCCGCGAAGCCUCCCUCCUCUUUGUUCUCCCCGACAACCCCUUCUUCAACGUCAUCGAUGACAGCGACUCCACGCAUGCCGUCCAGGAGGCCACAUACGCUUACGUCGGAUGGAUCUUUGCGCAGCACUUCUGCAACCGGCUCGGAUCGGCCUACAUUGCUCUCAAGGAUGCGCUUGACGAGAGCAACUCGAGCCACAUGGAGGUGCUCAACAAGAUCAAGACGCGAUUCAGGGAGGAGACCUUCACCCGGGAGAGCAUCAAGGAUGUCAUCCUGAACCACCCCGAACUGGUCAGGAUGCUCUACAUCAACUUCGCCAUGGUACACUACCCCGCGGCGGACGAAGCGUCCCAUCUCACCCCCACCCUCUCUUUCCAGCGCCUCAAGACCGAGCAGCCCCUCUCAGAUCAAGAGCUGUACCAGAAGAUCCGCAAGGAAGCAUCGAACCAGCACGCCUUCCAGAUCCUCGAGGCGCUCUUGGUCUUCAACAAGCACGUCAUCAAGUGCAACUUCUACCAGCCUACCAAGGUCGCGCUGUCGUUCCGCCUCAACCCGGCUUUCCUACCUGAGGUCGAAUACCCCAAGCAGCCUUUCGGGAUGUUCUUCGUCGUCGGCUCCGACUUCCGAGGGUUCCACGUCCGGUUCAGGGAUGUUGCUCGUGGAGGUAUCCGCAUCAUCCGGUCGAGAGGUAAUGAGAACUACAACUCCAACGUCCGAACUCUGUUCGACGAGAACUACGGCCUGGCGGCUACUCAGAACCUGAAGAACAAGGAUAUCCCAGAAGGUGGAGCCAAGGGGACGAUCCUGCCCAUUGUCGGCGCAGAUAUCAAGCAGGCCUUCCACAAAUACGUCGAUGCCAUCAUCGACCUCCUUAUUCCCGGCCAGUCACCUGGUAUCAAGGGUCCCAUCGUGGAUGUUUCGAACCGCCAAGAUCCGGAGAUCCUCUUCUUUGGCCCGGACGAGAACACGGCCGACCUCAUGGACUGGGCCGCGCUGCACGCCAAGAAGCGCGGCGCACCGUGGUGGAAGUCGUUCACUACCGGCAAGUCGGCCGAGUCGCUCGGUGGUAUCCCGCACGACAUCUACGGUAUGACCAGUCUUUCGGUCAGGCAGUACAUCUACGGUGUUCUCAAGGCGCACGGCCUGAAUGAGAAGGAGGUCACCAAGUUCCAGACGGGUGGGCCAGAUGGUGAUCUUGGAUCAAACGAGAUCCUGCUCAGCAAGGACAAGACGAUCGCCAUCAUUGACGGAUCCGGUGUCCUCUACGAUCCCGCAGGACUCGACCGACCCGAGCUCAUCCGCCUCGCCAAGGCCCGUUCUCCCAUCUCCGGCUUUGAUCCCAAGAAGCUCGGUCCCGAGGGCUACCGCGUCCUGGUCGACGAGAAGGAUGUCCGCCUCCCAUCCGGCGAGAUCAUCCCAGACGGCACGGAUCUCCGCAACAACUUCCACUUCCGGGUCAAGGCGGAUCUCUUCGUCCCGUGCGGUGGUCGGCCCGAAGCGGUCAACGUGUCCAACGUCGCAAACCUCAUCGACGGCGAUGGCAAGCCCCACUUCAAGUACGUCAUUGAGGGCGCCAACCUGUUCUUCACCCAGCAGGCGCGUCUCUGGCUGGAGAAGAAGGGCGUGGUGCUGUUCAAGGACGCGUCGACCAACAAGGGUGGUGUGACGUCGAGUUCGCUCGAGGUGCUGGCGGGUCUGAGCUUGAAGGAUGGGGAGUACGGGGAUCUCAUGAUCUUCAAGGAUGGCAAGCCGUCACCGUUCUACCAAUCCUACGUCAAGGACAUACAGCAGAAGGUCUGCGAGAACGCCGCGGCGGAAUACUCGUGCAUCGCCAAGGAGUGGCAACGGCAAAAGGGCACCAUGCCCCGCACGCGCAUCACCGACCAGCUCUCGUCAACCCUCAACGACCUUCAGAAUGAGCUCGAGGUAUCGGACCUGUACGACAAUCUCCAAUCGCGCAAGAACGUCUUGGCGCACGCGAUCCCCAAGACGCUCGUCGACAAGCUCGGCCUGGACGAGCUCAUGCAGCGUCUGCCGGAGCAGUAUCAGCGGGCGGUAUGGAGUGCGUGGGUCAGCAGCAACUACAUUUACGAGUGCGGGAUGGGGGCGAGCAACGUGGACUUCUUCCACUUCUUCUCGAGGUUGGCUCAAUAG